AUGCAGCGCCUUGCACCCGCAACCGAGACACGUGAACGCGGUGCACCGGGCACCGGAAAAGGAGGCAGCCGGCCGCGCACACCAAUGGCAGUGUUGCUAAACGCGCCUCACUGGCCCGGUCAAUCCACUCAAGCCAACCCCAACAGGCCCCGAACUAUCCCACCACCUCGGCCAGCAACAGCAACCGCAGCAGCAGCAACAACGCGCCCUGCAACCAAGCGUACCGGCAAGCAGCAGAUGGGCACACCGUGCAACUUGUUAUUUCCGAGCAGCUCAGCACUCAGCCUUUGGCAGUGGUAA